UUUAUACUAUAUUUACCUCUCACUCCCUAAUCUCUUUCGCUCUCCUCAAUCAAAGACACCUCUCUCUCUCUCUCUCUCUCUCUCUCUCUCUCUCACACACACAAAAAAAUGGAUUUGGCUUUGAGCUUGGGUGAAACACCAAAGACAUUAAAAUUUCUUGAAAAGGCUCAAAAAAAGAAAAAAAGCAUGGGGUUUUGCAUGGGCUUAGAAGGACCUGAACACAUCAUCAAAGGCAAUAGUAGAUCGGAAAUACUUGUAGGUGAAGAAGAAGAAGAGAAAAGCGGCUCAUCAGAUCCACCGGUCCAGCUCGAUCUUCUUCCCUCCACUCCGGUUCAACACAAUAUUCAACCACUCUCACAGUCACACCUCCCUUUUCCAUGGCUGACUCCAAACUUGUUAGGUGAACCGGGUUCGUCUGAUAGACCGGAAACAGAGGUAGGAGUGAAACGGGGGCGGUGGUCGGCAACGGAAGAUGGCGAGGAUGGGGCGGUGCAGUCGUCUCCAAAUAGCACUGUCUCAACUUUAAUACAGAUGGAUAUUCCUCACUACUUGUCGAAUAUAGUAUAUACAAGUGAUCAACGAUCAGGAGGCCAUCAAGUUUCUAAUUCAAGAGCAAGUACUGAUGAAGAAGAGAUCAUUAAUGGAUUGAACCGCAAAAAACUCAGGCUUUCAAAAGAGCAAUCGGCUUUUCUUGAAGAGAGCUUCAAAGAACACACCACCCUCAAUCCUAAACAAAAGCUUGCUCUUGCAAAGCAGUUGAAUCUUCGUCCUCGACAAGUAGAAGUGUGGUUCCAGAAUAGAAGAGCAAGGACAAAGUUGAAGCAGACAGAGGUAGAUUGUGAGUACUUAAAGACAUGGUGUGAGACACUGACCGAUGAAAACAGAAGAUUACAAAAGGAGGUUCAAGAUUUAAGAGCUCUGAAGACGUCUCAACCUUUCUACAUGCAACAUCCUGCCACCACUCUCACCAUGUGCCCUUCCUGUGAACGUGUGGCCUCCGCCACCAGUAGUGCCGCCACUGCUGCCACCGCCAAACCUAGAUCGUGUCCCUCUACAACGACCUCUAAAACCCAAGUCCAAGCCCAAGACCAACGGACCGGUUCAUUAGAUCAGGCAAAGACCACAAUGUAGUGUGUUUUGCAUGUACAUGUAUAUAUUUUGGCCAUUAUUCAUAGUGUGGCUUGAUCCAUUUUUCUCCCUUUUGAAUCCGUGAUUUUUUUAAUUGAUUACUUAUGGAAAGAGAGUAUAGAAGAGAUUAAUUUGAUGUUCUGGGAAUUUUUUUGGAGGGAGCAA